AUGGUUCACCUUUCAUCUUUAUUCUUGCAAACAAACAGUAGAAAACUAGUUUGGAUCGGUUAUUGUUGGUCAGGUAAACACAUUGAAAAUCCAUUGAAUCGAGUUGUUCCAAACUCACCGGUCCGUGUUUUGAAAUUAUUCAGAAAGUCCAUCAUGAAUCAAUUCGGUCAUCAGUAUGGCGUGCAACCACCACCUACAUUUUACACAAGUGAUGUGAAUUCGUUUGGAAACGCUGUUCAAAGACCUGGACCCAGAUCCUAUAGUUUUGAACUUCCACCCCAGGAUUUUCGGUCUACACCUUUUCAAAGUGACAAUGGAUUUUCGCUUUGUGCCCCCCAGUACUACAACAGAGCUGGCAUAAUGCCUUCUUCAGAUGAAACUUGUGUUAAUUUUGCAGAACAAUUACCAGUAACUGCUGAAGCUACUGAAAAUAACACUGUAGCCCUUGGUUACCAGAAUCAGUUUGGUUUUCGUGUUCCUCCCGAGAUUCCUAAUUGGAUGAAUUUAAGUUCUCCAACUAAUACCUUUUACACUGAUAUUAAAAACCACACUCCACAACCUAAUCCAGCACCUCAAUCAGUAUAUACUGGAACUCCUGUCCAUUACAACAGAACUCCUGAGGACUCUUCAUUUCAAAAUCGUGGGCGUGUUAGAACUCCUGGUCCUUUCAAGAGGAACAGAGGAGGUUUUCAAAAUCGUUCCAACCAAGCUACUGCCACUGCUACUACUACUACUACUCCUGCUUCUGCUACUACUACUACAACUGCUGCUACAACAAAAGAACCGUCUGUUUUUUAUUGUGAUAUUUGCAAAGUCAGUUGUGCUGGUCCAUUAGCCUUCAAAGAUCAUGAAUCUGGUCAACGCCAUAAAAAAAGAUUGUCCCAGGUUGAAGCGAUUGAAAAAUUAAAAAAGGAAGUAUCUACUGAUGGAAAUUCAUCAUUAAUCAUUAAUUCAACUUCUCGAGAAUUACGUUGUGAACUAUGUGAUGUUGGUUGCACUGGUGUCGACUCUUAUACCGCUCAUUUGUCUGGUAGACAGCAUCAACGUACGCUUAAGUUGCAUAAAGAAUUAGGAAAACCAAUUCCAGAAACUGAUGAUCCUCUUGUGCCAGCUAUUGUAGCAGAUAUGAUAACAACAACAACAACAGCAACUACUACUACUACCACUACUACAGUUGACGAUGUUAAACUAGAUGAAGAGGGUGAAAAAAAAACAAAUACUCUUAAAAAUACGUUUAUGAAGCAUAUUGAUUUAAAACAACUUGCUGGUCCUGAACUGCCUGCUGUUGGACAAGAGUAUCUAGAAACUACUAUUAGUGACAAUAAUAAAACUGUGAAAUAUCGUUGCAAAUUAUGUGAUUGUGAAUUUUCCAAUCCAGAUUCACGUGAAUGUCAUUUACGUGGUCGACGUCAUCGUCAACAAUACAAAAAAAAAGUUGAUCCAUCUUUCAUUGUCGAUCCAAAUCCAACGAAUCAACUGAAUCGUAAAGUAGCAGCAGCAGCAGCAAAUAAAGACAAAAAAGCGAAACGUAACGAACUAAAACCAACUGCUAACAGCUUUCCCACUUUCAAUACAUUGCGUAAUAGUAGUAGUGUAGUGAUAGGAAAUGGUGUAAAUGCAUUACCAUAUAAUCGUUUUCGUGGACAAUACUCUACAUUAUGCAUUCCUCAAACUCCUAAUAAAUCUAUAGAAAAUAGAUAUAUCAGUUGUAAGCAUGCUUCUUUACUACCAACAGCUUGGGAAGUUCAGACAAUGAUGUUGGCUGUAACAAUUUGCGAACGUGCUUUAAAAGAUGUCAGUAAUGAUCUUUUAAAACAAGGACGUUUAUUGUCAGAUUCCUCCUGCAAUACUACCACUGAAGCUGUUAAAUCUUGUGAUGACAAUAAUUUGAAUGAAUUGGAAGAAAAAGUUGGCGAACGUCUACUUUGUGGUGUUGUACGUGUUGGAGCAUUGGGCAAAAAUAUACUCUUAAAAGGUGAACAUUCAGCAGAACUCGUACUGGUAUGUUCUAAAUGGCCUACUGAAGAAUUGACAACUUAUGUAUCAACUAGUAUUGCAAAAUUAAUGAAGUCACUGGAAUCCCGUCUUCAAUAUACUGUCACAACAGAGCCUACUAUGGGAACAAUCACAAUCAUGGUAUCCUGUUCAGAUCCAUCUUCAUUUAAUAAAAAUGAUAUUUCGGAAGUAAAUUUAAAAUCUAUCUGUAAAGAAAAUGAAUCUACUGUUUGGCCUACUAUAACAUUGGUGAUCAAUUUAACCUCUCCGGCAGUAGUAGUAGUUCAAAAAAAUGAAAUUGCUUCUGAAGAUAUAACUGAAAUUGCACCGAUUGUCCAACGCUUGAUCACUAACGGUCAUCCAAUUCCUAGAGAAAAGUGCAUAAAAUACAUGGAUGAUCUUGAUCAUGCAUCGUGGUUUCAACACAUUGCAAGCGGAGGUCCGACACUCUUAAUUAGUCGUAUUUUACGCGACUUUAUCCAAUCUAAUGACUACUGGAUCGAAUUAAAUGAAUUUGAUAUUGAAGUACACUUAGAUCAUUUGCUAUCAUUAGAGUACAAUAUGUUAACUCGUUCUGGUCAUCCCGCCUUGGGUUUCACAUCUCCUUCAACCCAAUUUGGAUCACCUAGAAAUUGUCUCUCUUCUGUUGUUCCAAGUGAUUUUUUUCAUCCUUGCAAAUUACUACGUAGAUUUUUCGAAUCCAUCGCUAAUGGAUACUUAUUCUUUGCAAUGAAGUAUUCAUCCAAUGCAAAUAACACUGAAGCUGCUACUCCUCUAGAGAACAACAAUAUACCUAUGGCUUGUACAAAACCAUUCUAUAUUACAAUUUCUAAUGGAAUAUCAACGGAAGUCUGUGAAAAGAUAACUGUUUCAGCUCAACAAAUUGUCAGACAAAUUUCUUUUAAUCAAUUAUAUAAGGUUCUUGGUAUGGAACCUAUCAAUUUACCUCACAGCUCAGAUUCUGUUCUAUCCAAUAGUAGUGGUGGACAAGAACAAAAUUCUGAUAUUUCUCAAGAUGGACAAGAUACUACUGGUGAAGUUGUCAGUUCUGUAGCAAGUAACGCAAAAACACGGGAACGUAUAACAGGAGUACAGGAUUCAGAACCAGAAUGUACCCCCGCCAAACGGACUUGCCGAACUACUGUCAACUCGUCAAAAUCUAUCUAAUUAUAUAAUGCAUUUCAAUAUCAUGUGUUCAUUUUUUUUUAUUCUAAUUUUUUGACGUGCUGUUCAUUCAUCCUUAAGCGAAUAUACAUUAUCUUAGUUAUUGCGUUAGUGACUUAUUAGUAGAUAUCACAAAAAUCGAAACUGUGACUGAUUGGAGAUUUGUUAUGAUAAAAGUUA